AAAAAAACAGACAAACAAAAAAACCUUCAGGUAACUUAAAUGGUUGGAUUAUAUAGGGAAAGGCAGCUGGAUGAAGGGCAGCCCAAACCCUGGGCGGGACAAAUUCAGGGUAGGGGCGGGGCAUGGCAGCCAACUUUGUAAUAAGUACGGACUGAGGGAUGCAGGGAGAAGCUGGCAGACAGCCUCUGCUUUGAUAACCGAAUACUCUCUGCCCAGGAAGAAGAAGUAUCUACUGCGUUCAGGAAAAGUGCAGGGACCACUUUGCAGUUUAGGCGCAAGCUCUACUGCUAUGCUAGUCUCUGCAAGUCUGGGACAGUUCUGUGCCUGGAGUGAAAGCAAGGGCUAGGAACCACCUAUGCGAGCCACUCUCUCUGACCGAGUUGCUCCUGUCACUAGCCAAUCAGGGCCUCGAGGCAGACUGCCAGUCAGAAUAGGAGUGGACACUUCCGGUCCGCCAUAGUGCAGGCUCCACUGGGUGCUUAGGGAGGCCCCCCGUGUCUCUAUUUCGCGCUGUCUUGCUGCCGGGAGCUGUGAGCCGAGCGGGGAGAGCUCGGAAUCCGCACCAUGGUGAGCGGGGCCGCCUUCCGUCACCGGGACGGAGCUGCGGGAGCUUGUUCGCCCUGGGCUGCGGGAACUGGAGGAGAGACGUGACACCCCGUGAGGUUCCUGCAACCCCUGGAACUCAGGCUCCCGGCAGCCGCUGAAUAACUUCCAUCCCUGGGGCGCGCCUGUGCAGAACAGGGUAUUGGGGUGCUGUGUGUGUGGUUGUCUUGUUGCUGACGUCAUCUUGCAGUGUGCGCGCAUGCGCGGCUUUCAUAGUCCCCAAAGGCAAAUUUUUCUGACUGGCAGAGCUCUAGUUUCUCUGGUGUCUUCUAGAAGAUCUUCCCCUGGCCCUUGACAUUGAGGUGGAGGAUCCGUCUGCAGUUAACUCUGCGCAGGUGUAAAGUCUGCGUUAUUAACACUUUCGCAGGUAGUUGCCGCGGGGAUCCAGUCACUUCUGUCAGGAAGGCCAGCCUCACUGUUUCCUGACUCAAGUUGGCGAAAUUGACCCAAUAUUAAUUGUGAUUUUGUUCUGAGUGUUCUCUCAUGUUCUGCUGAUCUCUUUAUUUUUUCUCAGCAGCACAGUCUUUAUUGCGGGUGUAGGGGAGUUUUGAAGUCAGACGGUGUCACUGUGCUGUCUGUUCAGUCUUGUGUUGUUCAUGUUGUCAUUCAUGAUGACCUUUUGUAAUCGGUUUUCGUUGUUCUUCGCAGAAAUCUCUUUUUGAGAAAUUUGUUGAGUCUAUAGCUUAGAAUGUGUACUGAAAUAAUAUCAAGAUUUCUUGUCUACAACCUUGCAAUUCCUCUCCUUUGAGUUCCUUGAUUCUUUUAGUUACCAAGUUAUAAUUUUGGCUACAGGUGUUUGUCAUAUUUCUAUGUGUUUCUGGCCAUUAUAUUCCUGCCGACACAAUAAGAGAUAAGGGAGUCUGUAUUUCCAGUUUACUGAGUUUGUCUCCUAUGCAUGAGUGCUUUGCUUCCAUGCAUGUGUGGUCGUCACCUGGCUGUUUGGUUUCCACGGAAGACAGAAGAAGCCAUUAGAUGCCUUGCAACAGGAUCUGUAAAUAACUUCGUGCCACCGUGUUAGUGCUGGGAACCAGACUCAGGUCUUCUGCAAAAGUGGCCUUAACUGCUGAACCAUCUCUCUAGAUAUAAACUUGACAGAUUUUCAAAAAUUUACAUGUGAAUGUGUACAUGCUACAAACUGAGUGUUAAGUGUUACUUAAACAUCUCUUUGGGAGUUGGGAGAUGACUGAGUAGUUAUGCUGGUUAGCCAUGAUCAGGUUGAAAUAAGUUAGAACACACUGGCCUGUGGGUAAAUGUAUAGGGUAUUUUCUAGAUUAAUGAUUGAUGUGAUAGUGUCUCUCCCACUGUGGUUGGUGCCUCCUGUGCAGGUUGUCCUGCGUUGUAUAAGAAAGCACUUUUAAGGAGUCUUGAUAGCCAGAGGGUAGUAAGCAACAUUUCUUCAGGUUGACAGCAUAUGGGGAAUGUAUACACUUAGUGUGUAUGUAAGUUAGCAUAUCUGUUCUUUGCCAGUUCCUCUGAGUGUUAUCCAGAGCUGGAAGCUUGUUUUUAUUGAAGAAAUUUUUCUUUAUUAGAGUCUAACCUUGCUUUCUAAGGUUGACUUGAUCCUGUGUGUAGCUCCACAGGGCAUUGAUAUUGCUGUUCUCCUGAAUCCACUCCUCAUUAUUUGGAUUAAAGGGUUCUAGUAGCACACAGUUCUAAAACUACCCAUUUGAGUCAUGAAGUGGACUGUCCAUUCAGUAACAGGAAAAGAGUUUGUAUGUGGACCAUGGCUUUUCCUUUGAGACCAGAAUACAGGGAAUAAUUUAUUGUAUACACUACAGGGGGAAACAGGUUAGGCAAUGAGUUGCAGAGGUCUCUGAUAUAAAGACAGAUUUUAUAGGGCAGGAUGAGUGCUUUCUGUGUACUUUUCUCAGCAUGAGUUAAUUCAUACCAUAUGAAUGAAGGUAAACUAAAUUGGUAGGCAUACAAUUUCUGGAGGUUAGCUUGAGCCAGUGAAAUUUCCAGUGGGGCAAUUCUCUCAUAUGGGUAAGUGCAAACCUGGUGAGAAGAUUGAGACACAGGGAAGUUGGCUGUAACUUCUUUGUCAGCAUACAGCAUGCAGUGGGUAACAUUUUACACAGGACAGGUUGAUACAGUCAGUUAUUAAUGGCAUUCCUGUACCAUGAAGUGGCCUACUUUACCUCAACAUCACUGUAGCUAAGUGUGUUUUUAGAUAUUUUAUCUCUUGAAAUGCCAUGGAUUGGUAUCUGUGCUGGUGUUCUAUUGCUGAAAAGAAAAACCUACUGUUAUAAAGGACAUUUCACUGGGGCUUGCUUACAGUUUCAGAGGAUCAGUCCAUUGUCAUUAUGGAAACAAGGGGUUAUACCAUGCAGAUAGAAAAAAUAGGUACUUAAUCCCAAGUUUGGAGGCCUCACUGGACAGGAAGGGAAGUUAAUAGUGAAGAAGCCUAUAACCUGCCAAAGGAGGAGGCUCCUUUCUAUUCCAUGUAAUGUUUUCUUUUGGUCUUUCUCUCUGUCUUCCCCCAACCCCCAUCUCUUUUUCUUUUUCUGCUUCUCUCAAUUUUUUCCCCUUUCUUUUUCAUUAGAGCUCUCUACUUAGGUUAUAUUUCUGUCAUUAUUUAUAUUUACUCAAUGGCCUUAGGCUCUUAUGUUUCAAUGUCUGGUCCUCAAUAAUUGGAAUUAAUUUUGCAAAAUUAUGAGAUAUGCCCACGUGGCAGUAGGUGUGUCUUGUUUGUUAAGGUGUGUCACUGUAGGUGGGCUUUGAGGUUUUGAAAGACCUCUACAAGGUAAACGUUUCUGCCUGCUUGCCUGUGUUAGGAUGUAACACCUAGCCCCAUGUUUGUCCACAAAGAUGCUUCCUUGCAUGAUAAUGAACUAACCUGCCACUAUAAUCAAUCCCCAAAUUAAAAGCCUUCCAUUAUAGAGUUGCCUUGUGUACUGGCUAGUUUUGUGUGUCAACUUGACACAAGCUGGAGUUAUCACAGAAAAAGGAGCCUCAGUUGAGAAAAUGUCUCCAUGAGACCCACCUGUAAGUCAUUUUCUCAACUAGUGGUCAAGGGGUGGUGGGAAACCCAGCCCACUGUGGUUGGUGCUGUCCUUGGGCUGGUGGUCUUGGGUUCUCUAAGAGAGCAAGCUGAGCAAGCCAGGGGAAUCAAGCCAGCAAGAAACAUCCCUCCAUGGCCUCUGCAUCAGCUCCUGCUUCCUGACAUGCUUGAGCUCCAGUCCUGACUUCCUUUGGUGAUAAACAACAAUGCAGAAAUGUAAGCUGUAUAAACCCUUUCCUCCCCAACUUGCUUCUUGGUCAUGAUGUUUGUGCAGGAAUAGGAACCCUGACUAAGACACCUUGGUUAUAAUGUUUCUUUACAGCAAUAGAAUAGUCACUAAGAUGAGUUGUUUGUGUAAUAUUUUGGCAUAUUAUCUGUCUGUAUUCUGCCCACAUCGCAUGAAAUUCAGUAAGGCUGAAUGAAAGAGUAAUGGGCUGUUUUCUUGACCAAACAUUCAGUCUGUGGCAUGGUUGUUACUGAUGACUCCUGCAAGUCUGUAGAGAAAAGAGUAACCAUAGGGACAGAGCACUAGGUAGUUUCAGAUGGCAGUCAUGUGCUGAAACAGAGGCAGCAACUAUCAGGGAGAUUAGGGCCAUUAAAGAGAAGGCACCUGCUCUUCUUUGAAAAGAUAGAAUAGGUACUGUAAGGUCACUGCACUGCCCAGCUAAGCGUUUAACUGUGGAAGGAAAAGGACAGGUGAUUCAUAGUCCCAGAGAGCAGCUUCAUACAGGAUCUGCUGCUGCUCUGUUCCAGUAGAGCCAGGUCCACCCACAGAUAGAAUCCACGAUGAUGGUGGCAUCUGUAAGCCACUAUUUGUUGAAAGAAGAAAGAUGAAAGAUUUUAAGGUUAUGGAUUUUCCCUCUAUGCUUCUAGUUCAACACUGUUGCAGCCAUCUGUUUAGCAGAGUUCCAUUUCCAGUGAGGAGACUCUGAGAGUUCAUUAAAUGAAGCCUUGAAGAUAAACUUCAUUUACAUUUUGAGAUUACAAGGUGUUAAGAUAUCCAAGCUUUGAGACAUUUGUCAUUUGACAGCUUCAUGUAGGAAGUGGAAGUAGCCAAAGAGAGGCAUGCAAAAAGUCGCAGUGAGAAAGAGUCAUCUAAAAACUUUGAAGCCCCAGGUAUCUAGCACAGAACUGCAGAUUUGGUGUUUUCCUAGCAUGGUUUCAGGCUUGCUUUGAUCUGAUCUGUUCUUAUUUCUUUAGAGUAAAAGUGUAUUCUGUGUCAUCGUGUGUUGUGUAGAAGAUAUAAAUUAGUGUUUUGAAUUUACAAGAUGUCACAGUAAAGAGAUUGUUUUGAGUGUCAGAAGAAACUUUGAACAUUCAAAUAGUGUUGGAACUGUGAUAUAAUCUGGGGAAUUUGUAGUUAGACUAAAUGCAUUUUGCAUCAUGGGUUGACUGUGAUCCUAUUAUGACCUAUGUGAAAAUGUGGUAGGUUGAAUGAAAGACCUCCAAUGUAGGAUGAUGUAUUUGAACAUUUGUGUCUGGUUUGUGCUUUUCACUGAGGUGCUUACGGAACCUUUAGAAAGAGGAGCCUUCUGGAGGAAGUUAGUCUCUGCGGAAGGGCAUUGAGUGUUUAUACCCUCACCACACUUCCUUUUCGUUGUGUGGUUGAAACUGAGCAGCCUUGUUUCUUCUCAUGCAGCCACACCAUCUCCAUCAUUACAGACUCUAUCCCUAAAUGAUGUGGGAUAAAAUAGAACAAAUUGCUUUUCCAUGCCAGGACAUUUUACCAGCCUGAUGUUUUUAUGUUUAUAUUUUUGGCAGAUGGAUAUUUGGAUAUUUAGGCUUUUGUACGUGUGAAACAUUUGAUUCUGUUCUUAUAUUUACUCACACCUUGACUUUUGAUCUUUGGCAGAGGGUAUUACUUUUUACAGCAUGAUGGCAUGCAUUCAAGGCAUUAAUCUUGAGUCUCCUGCAUCAUUGUGUCUUAAUUAGGGUUUCUAAAAACCAUGACCAAAAAACAAGGGUUUUUUUGUUGUAGUUGUUGUUAAUUUUUUUGUUCAUUAUCAUUUUUGUUUUUUGGGGUUUUUUGUUUGUUUGUUUACACUUCCUAUCAGUGUUCAUUUCUGGAGGAUGUGAAUACAGGAACUCAAACUGUACAGGAAUCUAAGGGCAGGAGGUUCUGCAGAAGCCAAAGGGGUUCUGGUUACCGGCUGCUUCCGCUGGCUUGCUCAGCCUUUCUUAUAGAAAUUAGGACCGCCAGUUCAUGGAUGGCACCUUCAUCAACGAGGCUGGGCUCUCCCUCAUCAAUUACUAAUUGAGAAAAUGUACUAUAGCAGGAUCUCAUUUCCUCAACUGAGGCUCCAUUCUCUAUGAUGACUGUAGCUGUAUCAAGUUGCCCCCAAACCAGCCAACUGACCCCUUGUCAACUUGACACACAGACAUAUCACUGUGAAACUACAACCCUUCUUUUCUUAUUCAUCCUCAAGAACUUACAUUAAAAACAUAAAUAACUUUAAAAAGUCUCACAAUCUUAUGUGCCAUGGCUGGUUGAUAUUCAUGGGAGACCUGCCCUUUUCUGAAGAGAAGCAGAGGAGGAAUGAGUAAGGUGGGGGAAAGGGGGAGGUGUGUGGAAGGACUGGAAAGAGGGGAGGAGGGGAAAAUGUGGUUAGUAGAUCAAUCUACUUACACAUUUUUACAAAUUUAAACACAUUAAAAUUUCAGUCUCUUUAAAAUAUCCAAUUUCUCUAAAAAUAAUAAAUUUCUUAAAUUCAGUCUUUCAGCUGUUGGCUCCUGUGGAAAUCAAAAUUAAACGAAAUACCUUCUUCAAGGAGGAAGAACCAGGGCAGUCACUAUCUACACUACAUAAAACUCUAUCAGCAUAAAGAAGUCAAUGUCAAAUUGUUUGAGACUCACUCAUGAUCUUCUGUGUCACUUCUCCAGCUUACGCCUCACACAGCUUGCCCUUGAGCUCCAGCUGGCUCCACUCUACUGUAUUGGAGGUCAUCCCAUGGUACUGUUAUUGCCAAAACUACUGGAGUCUUCUGCUCAACUGAGCUUCACUUUCACCAAUAGCGUCUCAUAGGCUCUCUUCAUGGUGCCGAACCUCAAAAUCUUUGCUUGACCCUUCUAUCCUGGGUCUUCAACUGCCCAUUUCUUUACUAAUGGCCUCUCCUGGCCUCUCAAAGUGCCAAGCCUCAGCUGCUCUCCAUGACCCACCCAUACUUUCAAAACCAGUACCAUCUGGGUGACUCUUACACUACCAAACUUGGCUGUCAGGACAAGAUACAACCUUGGCCAGUUCUGGAACACAGCUUCUGUGUGCGGACCUUGAGGAAACAUUUCCUGGAAGACUGCACCUCAGUAAUGCUGGUAUCUCUUUAAUCACCACUGAUUUCUUGGCUCUACCUAUCCAGCAUCAAUUUCCUAGUAACACAGAAGUUUCACUUUGAAAGCAAGCUAGUAAGCAGCACCCCUCUGUGGUCUCUGGUUAUAUCCUUACUGCAGGGUGCUUGUUGAUCAUGACUGAUUUUUCAGCCCCAGCUAAAUUGACGAGUUUUGGAUUAAUGGCGUUGGCAGAGAAGAUUUCAAGAACAGCCCAGUAUUAGCUCUGUCAUGUGGUUAUAAGUGGUCACACUCAGGCAGAUUUAUAAUGAAAACAAGCAGUAAGAAAUACAAAAUGUAUAGUUUGAGGAGAAAAGGAGAACCAGGGAGUGUAAUGGAGCUAAGUCCAUGUGCAAAGAGAUAAAAGUUUGCAGAAAGCCUGAUGCUAAAUGGAAUAAACAGAGUGGUGACCUCUUUCAACCAUCCAACCAGCCAAAGUCCCAACUUGUGGAAAGGAAUUAAAGGAAAAACUUACGGAACUGAAGGAAACCUUCAGCAACAGAAAGCUAGUGCAAAUGUAAUUGAAGGAGGUGACAAAGUUUCAUCCCUAGGAAUCAACAGAACCUGGUAGUUUUGGCCACAUCUUUUUGGCUUUAGAGUCAAGGAUACAUGUGGUGGAAUCUCCCUCCCUAGUAAGGAAAGCUACUGAGACCUGGUCUAUGUCAGAGGUGUCUGUGUUGGUAGGCUUAUGUCAACUUGACACACAAACUAGAGUCCUUGCAAAACAGGAAUCCUCAAUGGAGAAACUUCCUCCAUGCCAUCCAGCUGUAUUGAUUAAUGGGGGAAGGCCCAGCUCAUUGUGGGUGAUGCUGUCCUGGGCUUGGUGGUCCUGGACUCCAUAAGAAAUCAGGCUGAACAAGUCAUGGGACAAAGCUAAUAAACAGCACACUCCAUGGUUUCUCCAUCUGGGCAUCUGGGAUUGGGAUGAUUAUAGGUGUAUGACAGGCUGAUUGCUGUUUUUUUCUUUCUUUUUGAGUGGGUGUUUUGUUUCUUGGUUUUUGUUUUCUCUCUGUAUUUUCAGGAAUUGUAAUGGCUAUGUGUUACCUGGUAGAAAAUUCUCUUUGGACCUUUUAUUUUGUCUACUUAGGGUUCCAGGUAAAAAGCAUUGCUGGAUAUUGGGAGCUGACAUUAGAAGUGGGGGUGGCUAGAUGUCUGAAGCGGUUCAUAAGAGAAAGGAGAGCAGAGUUCAGUCAAGAUCUGCUUCCUUUGUCUCCUUGGAAUGGGGGAAGAUAGUGAGAAGAGGUCACUCUAUAUCACUGGGAAUGAGACUGGUGGGUUGGAUCUAGAGGAGAGAGAAAGAUGUACAGAUAGCUUCCCUGUCCCCUGGCAGGAAUGGUCUGUCACUUAGCAUGGAGCGAAUUCUGGAGUUGGGGCCUGAAAUAAAGCAACAAGUGUGGAAAGGGUGGUUAGAAAGGGAAGGUCUGGGGGAUUCCCAGGAGAUGUGGUCUGAGGGGGAAGGAUGGCUAUGGCUGUUAUUUUGUUGUAGAAAAAGGGAUGCAACUCAAGGAUUGGGUUUGGAGGAGAGGAGGGAGUGCCAAAAUCUUUAGCUGGUUCCCCAGCCUGUUUGCUGGAGUGUUCACAGUGAAUGCCUGCUGAUGCUGGAGGUUGGGAUGUGUUGGGGGGAAAGAAGGUUGGAAGUGAUCUUUGAGAUCCACUGGGAUGCAGUCAGAGAGGAAAAGGAGACCACUGCAGGGUUUCUACUACAAAGUUGCAGAUGAGUCUCUGGAGACUGGAUCUGGAGAACUGGAUAAAUGUGGAUCACUAUCAACCUACUUUUGGGAAGAAGGCAUAGUCACAGUCUGAACAUAGUAGAACAAACCUUCAAGUUUGAAUAGCUCAGUGUCCAUUUAUCUUGGACUCAUGAUCUUCUCCACCUCUGCUGUCUGCAGUCCAUACAACUUGUCUUCUAUGCUCCAAUUGCCUCCACUCUACUGUAAGCUGUUCUUGGUGGUCAUUCCAUUUUAGUGCCAUCUCCAAUAUGUUCAGGCCUCUUGCUGCAAUUGGGCUUCUUGUUUACCAGUAACCUCUAUAAUGGUUUGUAUGUGAUUGGCCCAGGGAGUAGCACUGUAGAAGGUGUGGCCCUGUUGGAGUAGGUGUGGCCUUGUUGGAGUAGGUGUGUCACUGUGGAUGUGGGGCUUUAAGACCCUCAUCCUAGCUGCCUGAAAGUGAGUAUUCGGAUCGAGAUGUAAACCUCUCAGCUCCUCCUGCACCGUGCCUGCCUGGAUGCUGCCAUGUUUCCACCUUGAUGAUUAUGGAUUGAACCUCUGAACCUGUAAGCCAGCUUCUAUUAGGUGUUAUUCUUUGUAAGAUUUGCCUUGGUCAUGAUGUCUGUUCACUGCAGUAAAACCCAAUAAGGCAGAGAAGUUGGUACCAGGGAUUGGGGUAUUGCUGUGAUAGGCCUGACCAUGCUUUUGUUGGGAAGAAUGUGGAUUUUGGGACUUUGGAUUUGGAACGCUGUGGAAUGCUUUAAAUGGGGCUUAAUGGGCUAUCCUAGUAGGAAUAUGGAAGACUUUGUUGCUUAGAAUGAUUUGAAAUGUUUGGACCUGGCCCAAGAUGUUUCAGUUGAGAAUUUCAAUAUGUGGCCUAGAAACUGGUUUUGUGAUAUUUUGGUGAAGAACAUGACUGCACUUGUCUGAAGAGUCUGCCUGAGGCUAAGGUAAAGAGACUCAGAUUAUUUGUAUUGACAAAGGAAGGCUCAGAAACACCCAUCAUAGGCUUUGUUCUCUGGUUAAGUCUCAUGAAGAGUGUUUUGAACAAGCAUAGCAAGCUGAGGAAGGAAAAAUACAAAAUAUAGAUUUGAGUAUUAAAGCAUACCAGGAAGGGAAAUGGAACUGAAUCCUGCCUUAACAGAUAUUAAAUUGAAUUAAGGGAGUGAGGCUUGGGGGCAAGAUCCUACCCAACUAAAUUUAGAUCCAGGCAUAGUGAUACACAGCUUUAAUCCCAGGAGAUAAAGUCAAGCAGAUCUCUGAGAUCAAGGCCCGCAUGGCACAGACCAAGUUCUAGGUAAAGAAAAGUUAAGUUUAGGCAUGGUGGUAUACACUUUUAAUCCCAGGAGACAGGCAUGCAGAUCUCUGAGUUCAAGGUCAAUCUACAGAACAAGAUCCAGGACAGCCAAGCUUAAGCAGUGAAGGAGUUGGAAAAUAGAAAGCUGCUGAUAAUGUUAAAGAACAGGGGCCAUGUUCCAGCUCCUGCAAGAAGCAGAAUUCUGCAGCUUCAGCCAUGUGGCUCUGGUUUUAGAGUCAAGAAUAGAAGAGACUAUAAAGGCAAUUGAUGCUGGUUAGCUGGAGCUAAGAAAUUAGCAGUGAUUAAGAAGAGGCCAGCAUCACUGAGGUGAAAUCGGGGAAGUGUUUUCUGAGAGCACAAAGAAGCUGUGUUCCAGAGAUAGCCAAGGUUGUACCCUGUGCUGCAGCUGGAUUUGGUAAUGUGCAAGAGUUACCAGGGUGGUACUGGUUUUGAAGGCAUGAAGGGGUCAUGAAACUGAGACUUGGCACUGAGAAAGGCCAUGGAUGUCCCUUGGCAAAGGUGCAGCCUCGGCUGCAGUUGAUGGCCCAAGACUGAAGGGGUCAUGCAAACAGGUUGAGGCUUGGCACCAUAAAGAGAGCCUAUGAGAGGAUAUUGGUGAAGCCUAGUUGCAGUAGAAGAUCCCAGUAUAUUGUAGAUACCAGUACCAUGGGAUUAUAUCCAAGAAGAGCAGUGGCAGUGGAGUGGAUCAACCUGAGCUUAGAGUGCUACCGAGGGCAGAGCUGGAGGAGCCCAGAAGAUCAUUUGUGAUCCCAAACAUUGAAGAUGCCUGAGGUGUGGGCUAUCUACUGAGGAAAGCGGCUAACAGGGAGUGGCAGCAGCCCAGGAGAAAGAAGUUUGUUGCACUCAACAAAGAUGAAAAAGGAGAUGGAGAUCUGAAGACAACUUUGACAUCAGAAUUGGAGAUGGAGAGUUUGGAGUUUGUCCAGCUGGUUUCCUGUCUUGCUUAGGGUAUUACAGUUAAGUGAUUGAAUGAAUCUCAGAAGAUACUUUGAACUUUGGACUUUUAACACUAUUGAGACUGCCAAACAUUAUGAGGACUUUUGAAGUUGGACUAAGUGUAUUUUGUAUUACGUCGGCGCCCAUGCCGCCAGUGUGUGAGUAUCAGGCGUAGGUCUGUGGGAUUGAACGAAAACACGUACACGGGUCACCCAUUUUCAGCGAAUGCCACCAAGGCUUUACUGAGAUCUCCUUAUAUACCCGAGGCAAAAGCCAAGGAAAACAACAAGGCAGGUGAAAAUCCCCAACCAGGAAAACAGGAAAAGUCUGUGUGGUGGAAAGUUCCAGGUCCAAUCAGGGACAUAAACAACUUCUUAACAACAACAAGCAGGAAGGCUCAGUGGGGAGGAAGGGUGCCAUGGAAAAUCCCAGCCCCAAAUCAGGGGCUAAGAGCAGCUCCCAAGGGUGUAAACAAUUUCUUGCUAUAGCAGGCUAAAAGGCUCAGCAAGGGGUGGGGGGGAAACACCAAGGUAGGGCCCAACAGUAUUAUGCUAUGUUUAGGUAUGGCCCCCAUAAACUCAUAUGUUUGAACAAGCCCAUGGGGGCCAGGGAGUGGCAAUUAUUAGAAGGUAUGGCCCUGUUAGAGUAGGUGUGUCAAAAUGGGUGUGGGCUUUAAGACCUUCAUCUUAGCUGCCUGGAAGCCAGUAUUCUGCUAGCACCCUUCAGAUGAAGAUGUAGACCUCUCAGCUCCCCCUGCACCAUGCCUGCCUGGACACUGCUAUGCCUUGACGAUAGUGGACUGAACCUCUGAACCUGAUGCAGUCACCUAUGAGGAUGUGUAUGUGAGUUUUACUCAGGAAGAGUGGGCUUUGCUGAAUCCUUCCCAGAAGAAUCUCUACAAAGAUGUGAUGAUGCAAACCUGCAGGAACCUCAUUGCUAUAGGCUACAAAUGGAACAGUCAGAAUAUUGAAGAACAUUGUCAGAGUUCUGGAAAACACAAAAGGGAUAUCAUCUGCCACUCAGGAAACAAGCCAUUUGUGCACAAGGACUAUGGAAAGAUGCAGUUUACCUCUCUUUCGCCAACAACAGUUAGAGGAUAUAUGAAUAGACUUCAUGAAUAUGACAUGAAUUUACAAGCACUUGGUGUUCCAACUACAGUGGGAAUGAAUCAACAGACUUACAAUGGAGAAAAGUCUUAUGAGUACCAGGAAUAUGGGAAUUCUUUUGUUUAUCCUGGUUCACUUUGCAUAUGUAGUGUGAAUCACACUGUAAGAAAAUGUUAUGAAUGCACUCAGUGUGGUAAAGCUCUGAGUUCUCUUCAAAGACAUGAAAAAACUCAUCUUGGAAGAGAAAUUGAUAAAUGUAAGCCAUGUACUAAAGGCUUUAACCAUCACAUGUAUUUUCAAACACACAAAAGAACCAAUAAUGAAGAGGAUACCUAUGAAUAUAAUCAAUGUGAUAAAGCCUUUAGAUCUGAUUCUUCCUUACACCAAAGACCUCAUUUGGAAGUAGCACCCUAUAAAUAUUAUCAGUAUGAAAAAGACUUUGCACAUCACAGUUGUCUUCAAGAACAUAGAACUCAUACUGGAGAGAAACCUUAUGAAUGUAAGCAGUGUGGUAAAGCCUUUGGGAGUCGCCAUUAUCUUAAAACACAUGAAAGAAUUCAUACCGGAGAGAAACCCUAUGCGUGUAAUCAAUGUGGUAAAGCCUUUACACAUUACACAAGUCUUCGCAAGCAUGAAAAAAUUCAUACUGGAGAGAAACCCUAUGAAUGUAGUCAGUGUGGUAAAGCCUUUGCAUGUCGCAGUAAUCUUCAAAUACAUGAAACCUCUCAUAAAGGAGAGAAGCCCCAUGAAUGUAAUCAGUGCGGCAAAGCCUUUGCACAUAUCAUUUACCUUCAAAGGCAUGAAAGAAGUCAUGGAGACAAACCAUAUGAAUGUAAUCAAUGUGGUAAAGGCUUUACACAAUUUGGGCUUCUUAAAAAACAUUAUAAAAAUCAUACUGGAGAGAAACCCUAUGAAUGUAGUCAGUGUGGUAAAGCCUUUGCACGUCGAAAUGAACUUCAAGUACAUGAAAGAAUUCAUACUGGAGAGAAACCCUAUGAAUGUAGUCAGUGUGGUAAAGCCUUUACAAGUCGGAGUAAUCUUCAAACACAUGAAAGAACUCACACUGGAGAGAAACCUUAUUUAUGUAAUCAGUGUGGUAAAGCCUUUGCAAGGCGCCGUCAUCUUCAAAUUCAUGAAAGAAUUCAUACUGGAGAGAAACCCUAUACGUGUAAUCAGUGUGGUAAAGCCUUUACACAUUUCACAAGUCUUCACAAUCAUAAAAAAAUUCAUACUGGAGAGAAACCCUAUGCAUGUAAUGAAUGUGGUAAAACCUUUACACAUUUCACAAGUUUUCACAAUCAUAAAAAAAUUCAUACUGGAGAGAAACCCUAUGGAUGUAAGCAAUGUGGUAAAGCCUUUUCAUUUCGCUGUAAUCUUAAAAUACAUGAAGCCUCUCAUAAAGGAGAGAAGCCCCAUGAAUGUAAUCAAUGCGGUAAAGCCUUUGCACAUAUUGUUUAUCUUCAAAGGCAUGAAAGAAGUCAUGGAGACAAACCAUAUGAAUGUAAUCAAUGUGGUAAAGGCUUUACACAUUUUGGACGUCUUAAAAAUCAUCUGAAAAAUCAUACUGGAGAGAAACCAUAUGAGUGUAAUCAAUGUGGUAAGGCCUUUGCAUGUCAAAGUAAUCUUCAAACACAUGAAAGAACUCACACUGGAGAGAAACCCUAUGUAUGUAAUCAGUGUGGUAAAACCUUUGCAAGUCGCUGUAAUCUUCAAGUACAUGAAAGAAUUCAUACUGGAGAGAAACCCUAUUCAUGUAAUCAGUGUGGUAAAGCCUUUUCACAUAUCAUUUAUCUUCGAAGGCAUGAGAAAACUCAUACAGAAAACAAACAUUAUCAAUGUAAUCAGUGUGGUAAAGACUUUGUAAGUCAAAGUAAUCUUCAGAAACAUGAAAGAAGGCAUACUGGAGAAGUAACCAAUGGAUGUAAUUGAUGCAGUAAAACUUUGUUACAUCAGUGUAAACCCUACUAAUAUAAUCAAUGUGAUCGAUUAUAUAAGCCUUUGCAUGUUACACUCUUCUUCAAAGGAAUGAAUCCCUACUGAAGAGAAACACCACAAAUCUAGUAAAUGCAGUAAAGCCAUGCAUACCAAGCACAUUUUCCCCCCAUUGAGUCAUCUUCCUGGUACUCAUGUUAGUAUAAUCAUUUCAUCAUUAAAGUAUUGUUUUGUUUUCAAAUUGUAUAUACAUUUUCAUCUAAGAAUAGAGGUAUACCAAACAAUUUGACUAAUAAAACCUAUUUGAAAAUGAAAA